AUGACUCUCGAGUCUAGUUCGGAGGAUGAGGAUGACGACAAAGAUUAUGUUCGGUACAUCCUGCGCUCCAACAUAUUUGGUGACGCCGAACUCGAACGACUACGACGUGAGGCUGUUCCCUCAUCGAAUGGAAAUGCUACGGCUGGGAAUGCGGCGCCACUAGAUGCGCAGCAAACUGCAUAUGUGGAUGCUGCCGUCAAUAUUCCAUUUGUGGUUAAUUCAGACGAUGAUGGGAUAGUCUCCCACGAACUAGAGAAAAUGAGGAGCAUAUUGGAAGAGUCGAUGUUGGAAACGCGCAGCAUGCCUCUCGAAAAUCGACCGCGACUUCCCCGCAUACCCCUUAGCAAGCAAAAUCGGGCUGUCGUGCGGGCUCUUAACCCAAUGCUGGUGACCUAUUUGGAAGCCAGCCGGGACCUUUGCGAAACGGACAAUUCUUUUUGGCGCAGCACUGGCAGUAUGCCGUAUUAUUAG